AUGCAUAAUGAGCAGUAUCGACAUGUUGAUAGAGAGGCUGUGAUUGAAUCAAUCGACAUCGAAUCUCUUGAAAAGCUUUCUGAGAAUCAAAAGCCUCCAAAAACAAGACGAUCUUUGAGGGAACGACUUGAUCAUUUGAAAAAAAAUGUACAAGGAACAUUACUGAUCAAAUCUCAAGAAGCGCUCAAUGCAAGGCAAGUGCUGAUCAAAAUUCAUGGUGAAGCAAGAAAUUCUUGGAGUAAAACCACGGAAAGUGCGAGCACGAAUUCUGAUGGAUCCACUUCAACAACAACUUCAACAACUUAUUACGAUUCAACAAUUGAAAUUCUUUCUGGUGAGAGCCGGGUUUGGGGUGUAUGUGUGGGAAAGUCAGAGAUUCCGGCAGGAGAACUUCGAUUAGACUUCAGCUUCAACUUGCCACCAAACUGUCUCUCGACAUUUCACUCAUUUGAUGGAAAAAUUCUCUAUUCGGUGAAAGCCGAAGUGGACACAGGACGGUGGAAUUUUAACAAAACAACGACUUCGGAGUUCACUGUCGUAAAGCCUUGUGACUUGAGCUUGAAUCCAAAACUCCUCGCCGCUCAUCGAGCAGAGAAAUCUCACAACAUUGGCAUCCCAUUAUUUCGAAAAGGAAAUGUGACCUUGACGGCUACGAUCUCAAAAAUUGGAUUCGUGCCAAAUGAAACUUUGAAUAUAAACUUGAUUGUAAACAAUGCGAGCAAAAGGAAAGUUGAUAUGUUAGAAAUCUCAUUGGAAGGAAAACAAGAACUUUUGGCUUUUGAAUUUGGAAAAAAGCAAUAUUCGAUUGAAGAUGGCUUUCAAAAUGAAAAAGCACGAUUCGAUGAGAGAAAGAUAUCUUCAAAGCAUCAUGGGAAAAUGAAAUGUGCAAUCAGUGUUCAACCACACUGCACAGAAUCUCUUGCGAUUCCAUUCGAAAUCCCUUGCGUUCCCUCUUCAUUUGAAUGUGCGAUUAGCCGGCUGUUCUACGUGUUAAACGUUUCAAUUCGUUCCAAAGAAACGCUAAACUCUUCAACGAGUUGUCAGCUUCCAAUUGUAAUCGGUGAUAUUGGAUUUGAAAAAGUUGGAGAGUACGAUCCUCCACCUGUUUACGCAGAGAAACCUAAAAUGAAGCCCGCUUCC